UCAACUCAGCUCAACUCAACUUCCCCCUAAAUCUCGACUCUCCUCCUCGCUCCUCAGCCUCAGGUGGACUUCCUCCUCUGUAUUCUAGAGAGAGAAAAUACAAAAAUCCCAAAUUUCUGCAGAAAAAGAAUUAGGGUUCUUAUUUUGCUUUUUCUUUCUUCUGGAAUUGAUUAGUCUUGCGGGGGGAGUUAAUGCGUUAGUGCUAUAAAUUAACUGCUAAAUUAACUCACAUUUCCUCGAAGAAAAAAAUUCAAAUCAUAUCUUCAGAUGGCUUUCCAGGGCAAGAAACUCAUCAAUGACCCAAACGAUGUUGUUACUGAGUUUAUUGAAGGUUUGGUGGAAACAUAUCCGGGUUUGCAGUAUUUGGAUGGUUUCCCUGAGGUUAAAGUUGUGUUGAGAGCCGACAUCUCAGGUUCAACACAUGACAAAGUUGCAGUGAUAUCAGGAGGUGGAAGUGGACAUGAGCCUGCUCAUGCAGGAUUUGUGGGAGAAGGGAUGCUGACCGCAGCAAUUUGUGGGGAUGUUUUUGCCUCCCCACCUGUUGACUCCAUUUUAGCUGGCAUUCGAGCAGUGACUGGUCCAAUGGGAUGCCUCCUGAUUGUUAAGAAUUAUACUGGUGAUAGAUUGAACUUUGGCCUGGCAGCUGAGCAAGCAAAAUCUGAAGGCUACAAAGUAGAGAUGGUAAUUGUUGGCGAUGAUUGUGCUUUACCUCCUCCUAGAGGAAUAGCCGGACGAAGGGGUUUGGCUGGGACCAUUUUUGUUCACAAGGUUGCUGGAGCUGCAGCAGCUUGUGGCCUGUCUCUUUCUGCUGUUGCUGCUGAAGCAAAACGUGCAUCAGAAUUGAUUGGCACAAUGGGUGUCGCGUUGUCUGUUUGCACGUUGCCAGGUCAAGUAACAUCGGAUCGUUUAGGCCAUGGAAAAAUGGAGCUUGGUCUUGGAAUCCAUGGAGAACCAGGCGCUGCUGUAGCUGAUCUUCAGCCUGUGGAUGUGAUAGUCUCUCAUGUUCUGAAGCAGAUAUUGUCACUGGAGACCAACUAUGUUCCUAUUACACGGGGAAGUAGAGUAGUGCUGAUGAUUAAUGGUUUGGGAGGUACUCCUGUUAUGGAAUUGAUGAUUGCAACUGGAAAAGCGGUACCUAGGUUGCAGCUUGAACAUGGACUGGCUGUUGAGAGGGUGUACACAGGCUCAUUUAUGACUUCUCUUGACAUGGCUGGAUUUUCAAUAACUGUGAUGAAAGCAAAUGAAGAAAUUUUGAAUCGCUUGGAUGCACCAACUAAGGCUCCAUGUUGGCCCGUUGGUGCUGAUGGUAAUCGUCCACCUGCCAAGAUUCCUGUUCCCCUUCCACCAUCACUUUCAACAAAGAGUGAUGAGACAUUGAGUCGGCCUGAACAGCUAAGCUCCCAGGGUUAUCUUCUUGAGGUGGCUAUUGAAGCAGGGGCAACAGCAGUUAUCAAUCUAAGUGACAGCUUAAACGAAUGGGACAGCAAAGUGGGUGAUGGAGACUGUGGUUCUACAAUGUUCAGAGGUGCAACCGCGAUAAUGGAAGACAUGAAGAAGUAUUAUCCGCUGAAUGACCCUGCUGAAACAGUUAAUGAAAUUGGAUCUUCUAUCAGAAGAGUGAUGGGAGGAACAAGUGGAAUCUUAUAUGAUAUAUUCUGUAAGGCAGCUUACGCACAGUUGAAAGCAAAGGGCAAGUCGGUUAUAACGCCAAUGCAUUGGGCUGGAGCUCUUGAAGCUGCUAUUGCUGCAGUUAGUAAGUAUGGAGGAGCAAAUGCUGGUUAUCGCACAAUGUUGGAUGCACUUAUUCCAGCAUCAUCAGUACUUAAAGAGAGGUUAGCUGCCGGGGACAAUCCGGUGGAUGCAUUUGUUCUUUCUGCUGAAGCAGCAACUGCAGGAGCUGUCUCAACUAAGGACAUGCAAGCUCAGGCUGGUCGGUCGACUUAUGUCUCUGCAGAUAAUCUUGCGUCAGUCCCGGAUCCAGGUGCAAUGGCUGCAGCUUCUUGGUAUGCUGCAGCUGCCGCAGCUGCAAAGAGCAAGAGCCAGGCGUCAUAAUCGCCUCCUUCCAGCUAUUAACCAUUUUUUGCUUUGGGCUUUGUUUUUGGUAACCAAGCAAAAUUUUGGUCAGAUAACUUUACAUUGCUCUUAACAAAUUAACCUUCCGCUUAUGCUGUACCAUACAUGCAUAAAGCUGUGACAGGCAAUACUCGACCGUGUAAUAUGAUGAGAAAUCAGAGAUGUAGAAUGCAACAUUAAGGUGUAGAGCACAUUUUGUGACUUUCAUUGUGACAAUCACAUUAUUAUUAUAUAAUUUGAUAGAUUAGGAAAAAUGGGACGAUUUGUA